CAGAGAUGGACACGGAAGGAAAAGCUUUCUCCAACUCUGGCGGGAAAGAUCAGCGUCCAAAACAAAAACGAAGAAAGCAUUUCAAGAACAGAAUGCAUCUUUGGGAGUUUCUUUUAGAACUCCUUGCAGACAAAAGAUGCCAGUCAUCGAUAAAAUGGACAAGACAAGAGGAGGGCGAGUUCAGAAUCAUCAAAACAGAAGCUGUGGCAAAAUUAUGGGGCUUCGAAAAUGGUAGGCAAGGCAUGACCUAUGACAAACUAAGCCGAGCACUGAGACAGUACUACUCUGAAAGAAUCAUUACGAAGGUUAGAGGACAAAAGACGACGUACAAGUUUGAUAACCUUCCAUAUAAUUAUCUCCCUGGAGUAACAAGACGCCGUAAAAGAGUAUUCAGUGCAAGGAAAGUUUCUUCUAGAGCAGAAAACUGGAAGAAAACGGGGUCACAGGGACAAUAUACACCAGAAUCACCAACAAAUUCUACAGAGUUUAUUUUGUCUCCUCAUCUCAUACCUUGUUGUGGUUUAUGGGAAACUUUACAUAGUUCUAACUCCGAAAUCAUCCUGCUGAAUCCGCAAUCAUCCCAUCUCGAGUCAUCUCCGAGUGUUGAAGAGAACAAUGGAUUGCACAUGAUCAAAACGCCAGUCGUCUACCCAAUUCAUCCUCUAACUCCGGAGUCAUCACCGUCCAGUUCGCCACAAAACAUCCUAGAGCAAAACGGGUCAGGUCGUUUUGCUCAAUCAUUUUACAGUCAGACCCAUCCAAAUAAGGAGACCGACUCCAUUGUGCCUCUAUACACUAGAGAUGGGAGCAAGUCUCGCUCUACCUCGAUGUCACAUUGCCAUGGAAACAUCCCGACUCCAGGAUCCUCCCGUUUCUUGACAAAUCAGUUCAUCUUAGAGAAACUUUUACCACACAAAGACAAGGCGUCGGUAGUCUCUCCAAGGCAGUAUCUCAUCCCGAAACCAUCACAUAUCAGCUCAUUGGCCAAGAGUGUGGAGCAAAGUACAACAAGAGUCUCUCCGAGUCUUACACCUUGUUCUCCUUUUCCCUUUCCUUACCCUCAAAAUUUCAUAAGGCCGACUUAUGUCUACACUCCGGUCAAUAAAGCUCCAUAUCAGCCCCCGGUAUAUCCUGUAUCUCUUAGAUAUGAUCAACAUCCGAUAAUAACAAAUGUGACUGGAAAUUACCUGGCUCAUCCAGCACCAGAAUCUAAUGAAAAAUAGGUUUAUUUUUUGGUAAAGAAACCGCGAAUACCACAACUACUCUUCACUCAGAGUAAAAUGCUACUUUUUUGUAUCAAAAGUAUUUGAGGUGUCCACUGAAAUUAUAUAUAGGAAAAAAAUGAUUAUCCAUUGAUAGUGAAAAACAUAAUCAAGUGAAAUCAUUGAGACGAAAGUUAAGUAUAGCUUGGACACUUUAUGUGAAAUGUGUUACCAAAUGUUAUAAAACUGAAACUAACAUUUCUUGUGAGGUUUCCAAGUUACAGCUGAUAGGAUAAAAGGUUUUAUAGACUUUACUUUUAAUAAGGUUUACGGGCACUUUCCAUGUAUCACUUUUUGCAUAUCGCCCUGACACUAGGGUUUUUCCGCCACAUUUUCGCAUUUCAAAAAAGUGCUAAUAUUUAGGCGCAUAUAUGGUAUGGUAAAAAAUUUUUUGAUUUUAAUUUUGUCAUGGUAACUGAUAGACAAGGAAGCUUUUCAAUUCGAAAACUUUCAGGAUCAUAGCAUGCUGGAAACGCUGAUGGGGCAGGGAAUGAGGCAAAGUCUGUCAAAUCAACACUCCAUUCUUUUAAAAUUGCAUCUUGUUACUAGGUUUAUCUUUUUACAACAGUAACUGACUACCUUAAUCAGAACUAACCUUUUUACACUUUCAUUUCUCAUAUGUUUCUGUCUCUUGCAUGUACAUUUUAACUUUUAUAAAAAGAAGCGCAUGCGUGAGACAGCUGAAGUUUUGAAGCCAAAGGCCUUCUUUUUAUUUAAGAAAUUGUACCAAAGAACUGUUUUAGGUCAGAAAAAGAUUUUCGAUAAAUUUUCAAGCACUUUAAGCCUUAUCCUAACUCUUUUAAUUCCAUUUAACUCACAAUUUGACAGCAUUUCAGACUUCCUUUCAAUCUCCCAUCAUUGUAUGAAAUUCAAUGAUGAAUUUUUGACUUUCAAUUGCAGCUUAUAUUUGAGACCUUCGUCUGAAACUUGUAACGAUUUUGUGCAUUGCCCUAUGUGUAGUAAAUACCAGAGGCUUUUUCCUCUUUCACUUGUAUCAAUUAUUUCAAAUUUGGUCGCAGAGGACAUAGUUUAAAUAUUAGAAGGCCAUAGACUUCAGCUGCGUGACGUAACGCCAACGAAAAAACUUUAAACUUUCAUGCUUUAAAGUGCAGCGGAUAUCUCUGGCCUUUAUUACAUCGACAUUGCAGGCGCAUUUGUUUACCGUUAAAUCAUUGAUACUAGUAAAACAUACGUGGUUGAAUAAAGCACUAUUUUGGUAUGA